GAUUUUACACCUGAUGAAUAUACGUUAUGACUGCUUACAAAAGUCUCUAUCCAAUAAGAAUAAAACAUCUGAUAUCACUGCAGUAAAGCGGAUUAUCUUUCUGAUAAACGGACACAGCUCUUUUCAAGGAAAGCUAAUUUAUGUGGAUACAAGAUUAUAUUCAGACUUUCAAAGCCUUAUAGAGUUUUUAAAUUUUAAACUCUCGAACUUCGUCCCUGAAGGUCAGACUAUUCGGAGGAUUUUUACUCCAAGGGGAAGACACUGCAUACAUUCUACAUCCGAACUUACAAAUGGUGGUUCUUAUGUAUGUGCAGAAAAUGAGCCUUUUAGAAAAAUUGGUUAUCAGAACUUUGUGCGACAGGAGUGUUUGAAAGGGGUGUUCGUUUGUGUGUAGACAUCUUUUGAAUAUAUUGGUAUUUUCACACAUAGCUAUUGCAGCUGAAUGUAAUUUCUGUUUCCAAAGACUGAAAUAUUUCGAUGUAUGUUAUUUUUGGGCACACUUUUUAAGUAUGCUUAGGUGAUUUGACAAACAAUAUUUAUCAAAGAAAAUGCUGAAAGUUUCUUUACAUGCAUAAUAUCAAGAAAUACAAAUGAGUGAUUUGCACGAAACAUAUUCAUUACUUAGAAGACCAAAAGUUAAGGAACUCUGUAAAUCAAAUCAAUCAUCAAAAUUAUCCUUAUCUGGAAUUGGUCAUCCGGGUAACGUCUACACAAACAUACAAUUGAUUCCGUCUUCAAAAGAUAAUCUUAAUUCAGAAGGUGGGAUAGGCAUAGCUGAGAAAAUAAAACCCAAGGAUAACGACUGCAUUAUUAAAAAGAACGAACAGUUGUACAAUCGUACUAACAAUGAAGUCAUUAGAAACGAACCCACGACAAAACUGACAAAAAUACUAAGCUUUUUACUCCAUGAUGGUCAAAAAAACGCUGGACGAAAAAUAACUGUAGUGCGCUGUAAUCCAGAUGGUAAGGGAAGAACAAGUAUAAAUGUUAUCAUGGUUCGUAGAGCUGUACAUACACUCGGUCAAGUGAUGUGUGAAUUAACUGAAGGAUUUGGCUCACGUUGGCAUAAUGAUCCAAUCAGACAUUUAUAUUCCUUAACUGGUCGUGAAAUAAGAUCUGUUAACGAAUUAUUUCGCAAGGAAAAAGUUUUCAUUGCCUCUGGAUUUCAUAAAUUGUUUGGAAAUAUUCAUUGUGAACUUAACCGAAGUAAUAAUGUGGACCGUACUGUUAAUAAUGAUAACAAUAGUAUUAACUCUUAUCAUCAGCCCAUAAAUUAUGCUAGUCAAUAUAACAGCCACUAUCAUCACGGCUUGCAUCUAAGUCAAGAUAAAAAUCAAAAUACCGCAAAUAAUGUCAUGUAUUUAAAGCCUGAAGAUAUACGAACUAUCUUGUCUGAAUUUUGGCCAGACCAUCCUGAUCCAUCCAGUGUAGUCUAUCAAUGGGAGAGACGUCUACGAAAUCGAAGUUUAGGUUUUACUACCCAACAGCUUGAUACUGACAAAAAUACACCCCUUGAAACUUUGAAAUCGAAACAGAAAUUAUCAUUAAAAGUAAAUAAAUGUUUGGCUUCCAAUAUCAAUUACUCAUCGAGUGAUUCUUUGUUGGAAAAUGAGAAGAGAGAUAGUGGAUUUGAUGAAUCAAACAAUAUUCUACCUAAGAUUGAUGAAGAACAAAUUCAAGACGGAAAAUCUAUUUCAGUGUCAAAAACUCCGUUAAACUUUUCACACGAAGAAGCAACUAAGUCGAUCGCAGAACCACAAAUGAAGUUAUUGAAGAAUAUUUUCCCUUCUCAAAUUCCUGGAUAUGUUAAGCCAAACAUUCUUUACCCAAAUGCCACGGCACAAGAAAAUAAUGCCAAUCUUCUAGAAAAAAAUGCUGGAGAACCAUCCCUACAAAAAAAAUCAAAUGUAAAAUUACAAGAACAAUCCCCAAAUACCACAGGAUUAUCUGGAUCAACAUUUAUUUAUCGAAAAAACCUGAUUGAUGCCACUAAUUCUUUACUUCAUGUUAAUUCAAUAGUCCCCUCACUACCAGUCUAUUAUUCAAUUUGUCAGCAUCAUCAUUUAAAGAGUCUGCAACAAAAGAUGAACCCAAUUAAUCCUCAUCUUCUACUCCCCUCCUCUCUUGUUGAGCAACAACAACAAAACCAACAGCUAAAAAAACCUAACACCUUAAGCAAACUACUUUCGAAAUACCAUAAUCGCCUACAGAUCGGCGAGAAGGUUCUUCAACGUGCUGAACAGCGUCGUGAUGAACUGUCUAUGAAAGAGAAUCGAUUGCCAUUGGAUGAACGACAUGAUGGCAGUGCAUGUAUGCAAAAUAAAACCAACGAGAAGAUUCAUAUUAAAGUGAAUGAUUAUCGAAAAGACAAAAUCUAUAGUCAAACUAUUAAUACUACAAAGCCUACCAGUAAAACAUGUAAUGCUAUUAGUAAUUACAACACCAAAGAAAUCAAUAAGAUCGGACCACAUAUCGGGGAAUCAAUAAAAUUUUCUAAGCUGAAAAAUCAGUCAGUAAAGAUACAACAAUUCAAUAUUAGUCAACAAAUCAAAGUAAACACAACUCUAAUGAAUACUACUGCUAAAAACAGAAUUGAUAAUACAUGUAAAGGUGUUAAUGAGCAAGUCAAUCUGAACAACACUGAAAUGACCAAACAGCCUGACAAUGUAUCACCAAUAAAUCACUGUUUAUAUGUUACCAAUGAUCAUAAGGUAUUAUCUACAGAAGUACAGAAUAUCAAUAAAGACAAAAAAACUGGUACCAUACCAUCCAUUAAAGAGGGUAAAAAUCAUGUUACUACCCCUCAUGUUGAUAAUGGUCAGCUUGAACUAAAAAGUAAACAUAAUUUAAAUGAAAUGUUGACUGAUACGAAGAAACCACAUGCUGUUCAUUUAUACCAGAAGGAUUCAACUAGAGGCAAGUCCAGUGAACAUAUACCUGAUUAUCGGAAUGAUGAAUCACUCAAACCACUUAGGAGCAGAACAUUUAGCGACAAGAAAGGAGAAGUCAAACAAGGAGUGGUAACAAGAACUUCUGAAACGGCUAUGUGUAGUACCACAACGGUUGCCGUCACACAAGCAGAUCAACCGAAAAAUGUACCGAACGUAAACGCUACAGCAGCCAAUAAUACUUCUGCAACUACACCGUUAGAAUUUACCAAUGGAGUGAAAGCUAAGCUAAUAGCUAACUGUUUUACAGUCAAUGCAAUUAAAAAGCCAAUGUAUGAUGAACCAAAGUCGUUCUAUGGAUCCGUUGGGGUAACAUAUAUUUCAGAUCCUGAAUUUUUAUCUAAACGCUAUCAAAUUGGGCGGAAAUUAGGUGAUGGAAACUUUGCUGUAGUUAAAUUAGGCAAGCGACGCGAUACAAGUGAUCAGUAUGCUAUCAAAAUAGUCGACAAGAAUAAGAUUACAGGCAAAGAAGCAAUGCUAUUAAAUGAGAUACGCAUAUUGAAUCACUGUUCCCAUCCAAAUAUUGUGCGGUUGUAUGAAGAAUUCGAAACUACUACUGAAAUAUGGCUUGUAAUGGAGUUUGUUACAGAUGGAGAUUUGUUCGAUGGAAUCACUCAAGCAACUAAAUUCACAGAGCCAAUAGCAGCUGGGAUAGUAUCAGAUUUAGCUAGUGCCUUAUUUUAUUUGCACUGUCGAUCAAUAGUUCAUCGAGACUUAAAACCAGAAAAUGUACUAUUGUUACGACAGAAAAAUGGUCAAAUAAGAGUGAAACUUGCCGAUUUUGGAUUAGCAAUAGUUGUAAAAAGAAACAUGUAUACUGUAUGUGGUACUCCAACAUAUAUUGCUCCUGAAAUCCUCGAGGAAUCAGGUUACGGUAUAGAAGUAGAUAUGUGGGCACUGGGCAUUAUAACUUACAUUAUGUUGUGUGGAUUUGCUCCAUUCCGUAGUCCCGAUAAAAGACAAUCAAAGUUAUUUGAAAGCAUUAAACGUGGUCGUUUUGUAUUUCUCAGUCCUUAUUGGGACAAUAUAUCAUCAUAUGCCAAAGAUCUUAUCAGUGCUUUAUUAGUCAUAUCACCUAAAUCUAGAUUAACAGCUCGUGAAACGUUGUCUCAUCCAUGGGUAUUUGGCUUAGGUUCACCUAAUUCAACGGAUGACUUUGAACAACGUCGAUUAGAUUAUCGGAAAGAAUUGGAAGAAAAGCAUAAUGGAGUGAAAUAUUCAGGUAAUGAAAACAUUUCAGGGGAUUUCUUUGGUAAUAAAAUCACUAAAAAUUAUGAUAAUUUUAAAAAGCUAGAAACUUCGAAGUAUGCAAAAAUGAGAGAAGUACGUAAUUAAAUACUUUAUAUAUAUUUCAAUCAGUUCAACUGAGGAAUAUGAGAAAGCAUUUAUUACUGUUCCCAUUUCUGUGUAUUACUGUUUAUUCCCAUCCACCGAAGAGAUAAAAGGUAGAUGAUUUCAGAUUUGUAACAAUGGAAUAGAGUUUCUCUCCUAUUGUUCUCCCAAUCUAUCUCUAUUUUUAUUCCUUUACUUUUACCAUGUCUUUCAUGCAGUCAUCAAUGGUGAUUGAAUAUUUUUUUAUUAUUUACUCUUAGGGAAGAGAUUAGCUGAUCGAUAAUGAUAUUCUAUUUUGUAAACAAUACAUUUAUAAACAAAAGUUGUAUAAAUAAAAUUAGACAUUCUAAUGUGCUUCCUUCCACUAACACUUAUAAUGUAUUCAUGGCAUUACUGUAUCACUGACAAUUAAAUUAUUUAAUGAUUCUCAUUGUGUUUCCAUAAGCAUAUAUAUAUAUACUGCUACCUGUUCUGUCCCUUUUAUAAUGUUCAUAUAUCUUCCCCUAUUUGUUUGCCAUAAUCGCUUGUGUAUGUCGAUGAACUAUUUUUGUCUGCUAUCACAAUGAUCUCAUUUUGAUUCAGAUCAUAUUACUAGAUUGAUAAUAUAAAAAGAACUUUCAUUGUUCUUUAUCA